UAGGGUAUCACAAUCGGACGGACAGUGUUCGUUUUCGAGGAAAACAAAACCAGCUGUCUAAAUUUAGCUGCGUUUUUCCUUAUCUAAACUUCCAUAAAGAAAUAGGUAAAUGUGUUUAUACAGCGAGAUGUUGAUAUGUUAUGAAGUAAACAACAGUAGCGUCUGUCAAAUGGGAUUAUCAAUCAACUUCUCGGAAUAGCUUCAGAGUAUUUUAGCGUGAUAGCUAACGUUAAGCUAGUCACGCGACGGUAUAAAUUCUAGAAACUUGUCGUUAACCGCAGUUAGCAAAGUUAGCUAACGUUUUUUUAAGCUAGCUACGUGUUGACAGGUCGAACCGCCACCCUGUGUAUGCCAUCAUCAUCGUAGCAGGGGCGUUUCGUCAUAUCAUUAAAUUAGGUAACGGUAACAGACACGGGCUUCCGCUAGAAUACUCUGUUUAACGUUAGCUUCUAGCUAGCUCUCACUGUGGGGCAGGGAUCGUUUGGGCUGAUUAAGCAACGCCGGAAAGUACAAUGUAAGAACAAUGGGUACGGCUCGUCGCCAACCGGUGCAGCCGCUGCCUCGGCAGUGAAGUCAUGUAUGACAGGAGGUGUCCAUUGCUCAAAGGAAUCCUGCCCACUUUAUAGUGGUGAGGAGUUAGUUACCAUCACCGGGAGAUUUCGGCUCUUUUACCUGCACAAUGCCGGGGAUGGUGGUGUUUGGUCGGCGGUGGGGGAUCGCCAGUGACGACCUUGUUUUCCCCGGCGCCUUCGAGCUGUUCGUCCGUGUACUUUGGUGGAUUGGCACCAUGAUCCUGUACACUUACCACAAGGGUCAUUUUGACUGUAACGGGAGAGGAGUUCUUCACACUUACCUGGUCGGACUGUUGGUUGUGCUGGGACUCAUCAUCCUGUCACUGUGUGCUAUUGUUUAUGUCAGUGCCCAAGGUUCCAUCACAAACUCUGGCCCGAGGCGCUCCAUGCCUGCACUGGUGUACCUGCGAGCGCUGCUCUACAUCCCUGAGCUGGUGUGGGCCUGUCUGGGAGCCGUCUGGGUGUCUGACGACAGCAAAGGCUGCGAUCCUGCCACAGUGGGUGCUGUCAUCUCAGCAGUGGUUGCCAGCUGGAUCAUCCUGCUCUUCACGGCGCUGGGUGUGAUAUUUGUGUUCGACCCUCUGGGAAACCCCGCCCUCAGCCCGACGCCACAGGAGCCGCUGGGAGUGCGAGACCUCCAGAGCAGCGAGGGCUCCCAGUUCUUCUCCACAGCUCGCUCCAUGGCCGUCAAGGUGUGGGAGAACAGGCUGCGGCUCCUGUGCUGCUGCCUGCCGCAGGACGAGAGCCACCGGGCGGCGUUCUCCAGCAUCGCACAGCUGUUCAGCAGAUUCUUCUCGGACACAGAUCUGGUCCCUAGCGAUAUAGCAGCUGGUUUAGCUCUGCUGCACCAGGAGCACGAUAAGAUGGAGCUAAGCAGAGACCCACAAGCCGUGGUCACUCACAGUCCCUCGUCUCCCAUCGGAGAAGAUUUGGAGACGGAGCUGGAGAAAACAGCUCACUGUAUGCAGUUUGCUGCAGCAGCUUAUGGCUGGCCGCUGUACAUUUACUCCAACCUCUUUACCGGGCCCUGCAAACUAUGUGGAGACUGCUGUAGGAGCCGUGCAGCUGAGUACGACAUCGUUGGAGGAGACCACCUCGGCUGUCACUUCUCAUCCAUCCUGCAGAGCACUGGUCUGCAGUACAGAGACUUCAUCUACGUCAGCUUCCACAACCAGAUCUACGAGAUCCCCUUUUACGUGGCUCUGGACCAUAAGAGGGAGGCAGUCCUGGUGGCAGUCAGAGGAACGCUGUCACUGAAGGAUGUCCUGACAGACCUGUCUGCUGAAUGUGAGAACCUGCCUAUAGAAGGAGUGUCCUGGAGCCUGCUAGCCCACAAGGGAAUCUGCCAGGCGGCGAGUUACAUCUACAAGAAGCUGGUUAAUGAUGGCAUCCUGAACCAGGCUUUCUCUGUCGCUCCGGAGUAUAAACUGGUCGUCACCGGUCACAGUUUGGGAGCUGGCACAGCUGCAGUGCUGGCUGUUAUGUUGCGCAAUUCCUUCCCUGCCCUGCAGUGCUACGCCUUCUCUCCACCAGGGGGACUCCUGAGUAAAGCCUUAGCUGAUUACUCCAAGGACUUUGUGGUCUCAGUUGUGCUGGGGAAGGAUCUGGUUCCCAGACUGAGUAUUCCCAACAUGGAGGAUCUAAAGAGGAGGAUUCUUAAAAUAGUGUCAAACUGCAAUAAGCCCAAAUACCGCAUCCUGCUGCAGGGGUUAUGGUAUGAGCUGUUUGGAGGAGACCCCGACGACUGCCCCACCGAGAUGGACAACAGGAGGGAGGAGGAGCUCAACCAGCCGCUGCUGGGCGAGGAGUCCCUGAUGAUUCGCAGAUCGUCGUCCUAUCAGAGCCUGGGUUCGGACGGCUCGCCCGCCCACAAGGCCGCCCACUUACCUCUGUUCCUACCUGGACGUGUGCUGCAUAUCACAGAGGAGGGGCCGUCGCGGAGAUCCUGCUUCUCCCAAGUCCGGUACCGAGCAGAGUGGUCCAGUGAAAUGUCUUUCAGGAGUAUUGUGAUCAGCCCCAGGAUGCUCUCAGAUCACAUGCCUGACAUUGUGCUGCGAGCACUCAACAGCCUGACCAGUGAGAAGCCCUACUCCCUCUGCCCGUCGUCGCUCGACAACAGCCAGCACAACACUAUCUGACAUGUACCAUAGAGACUCUUUAUCCCGAUGUCACGCCUACUUCUGUUUAUACGUUAAAGCCAUUUGAUUUUCUCCUCCGCCUCAACAUAUCUGCACUUAAUUGUAAUGAUGAUGGAAGCAGUAGAGAUUUAUCUCUGUUAAGAGAAACACGUGGAGCACGAGGACUUUUUGUUGCACUUUUAAUUAUUUUAACUUAGAUAUUAUUUAGUUUCAUUUCAGUUACUCCAUUAGCAACUUUCUGCCAUGAUCUUUGAAUGUGCGUUACAAUAUAUGAACAGUGCUGCAGUUAUAUCGUAAUGUUCUCCAUCCUCUGUUUGUGCGAGUGCUGCCUGAUCCGGGACGUCUUCGUCGUGUCGUAGCUGUGGUUAGUGUGCCUCGUGUUUUUUAACGUCUUGAGACAUCAGGGUGAACAGUGCCUAUGCAUUACAGGAAAAAACAGAAAGACAGCGAAGAGUGCAGUGUGUUUACAGUAAGUUUAGUGCACGGUGUUUGGAAUAAACAGAAGAAGAAAGAUUGUACUUUUGUGAUUUUCUGUUCACUUGCCAUAAAUAUAACUUUUUUUUUCAGGUGAUAUAUGAACGUUUGAAUCAGCUGAUGCCUGCAUUAAGUAUUUCACAUCCUCAAUAGAAUGCAUUGGACUCCAUGAUGCAAAUAAAAGCUUUGUUUUGAAGCACA